UCUGCAUCGUUGGGAAGGGCUCUGAGCAAGUAUUUCAUGGUAAAGUCUUAAGCAGGUGUAUUAGGCGCAUGCGAUAAAUACAAUUUGAUUUGAUCCUACUAAUUUGAGUGUCGUGUAUUUAUGUUUACUGUUACCUCUAAUCUAUGAGACCAGGCUGGACUGCACAGCAGCCAUAUAAUCGCCCACGCCCUCCAUACUCUGGGACUGUAUCAGCCAAUGACUGUAUAUACGAAGGUAUCAGCACGCUAGGCUACUUCGCAUCUCCUUGCGGGAUAGCCUAUGCUGUAUCAGGACAGGACGUCACGGCUUUGACCUAGGGCAAAGAAGCACGAGUUACCCACUUCCAUCAGUAGGGAUGUAAGUCUAUGCCACUAUUCACAGUGGUCUUUGUUGGAAUUUGGCACGCAGAGCAUCUGAAGGUACUUCAGUUUACCGGGCCGAGCACUCACGAGCCAGCAGGUGCCAUGGAGGCGCAGCUCUCUGCCACCGCAUAUCUCGUCCUAGCAUUGGUCUCCACAACCUCUGGGUUCUUCUGGACUCCCCGGGGUCCUCAGAUGUACCCCUGCCUCACCUACAUGGAGCGCAACCUGCGGGUGGACUGUGAGUUCCCUGUGGAAGACAACCCUGCACACCUAGGCCCCUACUGCGAGUACAAGCAGGACAGCCGACUGGUGGGCAGCACCUACCCCAACGCUGUGUCCCUGGUGUCCACAGACAACCGGAGGAGGGCCAACGUGAGCCUGGUCAACCCCACAGUGUGUCGCCUCACCUGGGCUCCGAUGGCGGACGAUAAGCCCUACACCUACACCUGCAGGGUGUACCAGGGGUCUACCUGGAAGGAGAACAGCAUGGCUGUACACCAGCGAAUUCUUCCAAUCUGUUCAGCCCUCAGCGUGAUGUUCCAUACCGGGCUAUUUCUUCUGUCCCUUGUGAUGUCACUUCCUGUAACUACGGGUCUCCUCUCUCCCUGACCUCCUUUCAAUGUACAGAUAGCUAGAUGUUAUUAAAUGUUUUUAAACAGAUUUUCAUAUCAUUAUUAUAGUUCACAAUAAUAACUACAAUUUACUGAGAUCAUAGGCAAUGUGUAAUUAGUGUGAAACAGUGGUAUGUUGGAGGCUGUGGCUCCACCAUAUUCACUGUUUUCUGACCACUUCAAUGAUCACUUCAAAAACUGAUCCAUCAGACGAGUUCUUAUUCUGUACUAUCUAUUCUCUAUACUUUAGGCUUUGCUUUUGGAGUGUCAGGUGAGAAUCCUAUCAAACAAUUUCUUUAUAUCAGUCAAACUUUCAGGACUUCCAGACUUUCACGCUCAUAUCAGCCCUUUGGCUCAGGGAUGCUAGUACUGGAAUGGAUGGUCAUAAUCCUAAAGAGAUUCACAAUGGCUAUGUUUACCACAGGUAGACCAAUAGUGAUAUUUUUCCACUAAUCGUUUUUUUAAACAAUCAGAUUAGGUAAAAGCAGCCUUUGUGUAAAGAUAUAUAUAAUUAUAUAUCUUUAAAAAAAUAUAUUAUCUGUUAUUAUUUUACCCUAACACUACCACCCCUCCCCUAAUUGGAGUAAACUAGUGUUCAACAACGCUUAGGCUUCUACUUCCAGUUUAUACAUACUAUAUACAUUUUACGGACACAGUAUAUUUUAUAAUAGUUAUAUUUUGUUUCUUUUUGUCCCAUCCUUCUGCUACCCUCAACUCCUCCCAUCUAUCUCUGAAGACCAUCCAGUUUAGAUUUUUUUAUUUGACCUAUCAUUUUAAACAGUGCUGUUUCACAAAAGCUCUGAACCUAUAUACAUUGUACGGAACACAGUAUAUUUUACAAUAUUUAUCUUGUUAUUUUUAGUACAACCCUUCAGCUUCAUUUUCAACCCCUCCCAUCUAUCUCUGAACACCCUCAGUUUUUUGUUGCAGAGUUAGCUCCAGGUAAAUGUUUGCAAUUCUUCAGUACCAAAACAAAUGAUCUAAUGAUUCUGUCUCUUCACAGCCAAAUCUGCAGAGCUGGGAUGGUUGUAUAAUAAUUCAAAUCAUUUAACUAAGUUUUGAAUCCAGCGUAAUUGUAUGUAUCAGUUCAUGAAUCAUGAAUUCAUUAGGACUAUGGAUUUGACAUGUCUGGGCGGGUGCACAGCCUGCGAGGGCAUAGGCCCACCCACUUGGGAGCCAUGCCCAACCAAUCAGAGUACGUGGCCUUUUAUUGUCAUGAUCAUGCUGUUUAAUCAGCUUCUUGAUAAUACACACCUGUCAAGUGGAUUGAUUAUCUUAGCAAAGGAGAAAUGCUCACUAAUAGGAAUGUAAACAAAUUUAUGCACAACAUUUGAGAGAAAUAAGCUUGUUGUGCAUAUGGAACAUAUUAUAUCUUUUAUUUCAGAUAAUGAAACAUGGGACAAACAUUUUACAUGUAGCUUUUAUAUUUUUGUUCAGUGUAUAUUGCACAGCUGUAUAUUUUUUUGCUCCGUAAAUUAAACUGGUCUAGUUUUUUUUAUUCAAUCACAAUAUUCAUUAACCAAUUUUGGUCUUUAAUGAAGGGGCGACAGACAAGUUUGCAAACACAGCCUUUGUGAAUCUCUUUAGGACAUGAUCACCCAUUCCCAUUGUAGCAUCCCUGUAGCAUUGACGAGAUAGUGGGGGUGAAAAGUAAGGCCAACACUACCGUAUCAGAGUGUGUACUUGGCUCACAGCCCCUGAUUCUGGGGCACUUAAAUCUGCAAUAUUUUAUGUAACUUUUUGGGGGACCCAACCAAAUUCACAUAGAAACGAUUUCUAUGCUUCCCGUGCUUAAGUUUAUUUUUGUAUCUUUUACGUUUGGUUUUGUACACCAGCUAUAAAGAGCUGAUUAUACAUUAUUUUUGUACAGUAUUUCAGAUGGUACAAUGAUUAUCAAUACUUGUUUUGGCACAUAAACUGAAAUUAGGGCAACUAUUAUAAUUUUAGUAACCAGGAAAUGGCAGAGUGAUUUCUAAGGAUUUCCUCUGAAUUACCAUUAAGAUAAUGGAUGAAAUGGAAAUGAAAGUUGGAAGUUGACAAUCCCAUGCUAUUGAUUGGCUAAAAUAUUUACGUGUCAGGUGGUAUGUUGUAACUAUUCAAUAAUUGGUUAAUGAUCAACUCUUGCCUUUUUUAUUUCAAUCUCAAAGUAUUAAGAAACCUUUCAUAGACGCAAAGAAAUCUGAUGCUCUCUCUAGUUUGAAAGUUUUGUUUACAUUUUGUCAUUCCCACAUGUUCUUGUAGCUUUCAUACAGUAGAAGCUUGAGCUUAGCUAAAUUGUAUAUCAAAGGAAACAUUACUCUUAGUGAUAUCCCCUGUAUUGCAUAAUUACGGAUUGCUGAUUAGCCAUUGAAAGUUCAAGACAUGUUAUGACUGUGUUAAAUGUUUUGAUACUCAGCUUCACAUGGCACAUUAUUAGUUAUUGUAAUAAUGUAUUAAAUCUAUAGGCAACAAUUAUAUUCAACAUUUUGUAAUGUUAUUUUUUAGAAAAUUAUUAAGUGGAAUUGCUUACAGAUGUAUCUUGCCAAAAAUGAUUGAUCAAAUUGUACUUUCACUGCACCAUAGCAUUAUUUUGGAAAUUAUAUAGGUUAUUACAAGUAAAAUUAUUUACUUAUUUCAUAUGCUUUGCAGAUUUAAAAAUUAUUGUAGCAAUUUUUUUAGGACUCAUCAUGGAGGUCAUUCUAGAUCUUUGUCCUCAAAAACCCAAAGACCACGCUGAAAUCGAGGCUGUUUUAGGACAAGCACAAAUUAUAGAAAAGCUAUUGAGAUAAUAAGAUCAGGUGGUGAAUGAAUGAGAUAGUUAAUUUGAUUUACUACCAUAACUAACUAAAUGUUUCUGGACAAAAAAAAAAUGAUGAACUGAAAUUAGCACUUGAAAUGGACCAGGGUCUCUGAUACACACUACCAUCACGUGUCCUGAUAGUAGUUAGUAAGUUGAUAUUUUGUUGAUGUUAGUUUUUAGUAUGUGCAGAAUGAAAGAACAUGUAGAUGGGUUAAAUAUGUCUUGUUGAUGAUGUCAUUAGCUGCUUUCCAUUCUCUUCCUUUUUCAUUCUAAUGCUCUUAUUGCUCCCACGCACAGCUCACACUGGCACUGCACUAGCUAUUUGCACAUGCUUCAAGUGCCUAUGCUUUUUGAAUGCUGCUUUAUUGUUCAUAUUCAGUAUCUGUGUCCUUGCAGACAAUUCUGCUUCUCUUACACGGCACACCUUACUUAGCACAUAUCCUGUGUGCUGUACCUUUUUGUUUUUGUCACCACGCACUGGAAUCUCAUUGUAGUUUGACUGCUUUGCAAAGUGGGAUUUGUGAAUGUGAUAUGUACACAUUAGUUUGCCAAACCAGUGUUUUCUCUUCUUUCUUUCUUGCCACUGAAUGUGUACAAAAUGCAAUAGCAAGAAAUAAAGGUAUAACAGUAAAAA